CCCUGUUCAGUUCCUCAAGCCCCGCUCCACUCUCACCCCACCCCCAGGUGAAAAGCAUGGCGCUCCACCUGCUUCUGGGCCAACGGUUGGAUACGCCCCGCAAGCUCCGCUUCCCUGGGCGUUUCCUGGACGACAUCGCGGCCCUCGUGGGCUCUGUGGGCCUGGAAGUCAUCACCCGGCUAUACAAGGAUGCAGAGCUGGCCGAGCGCCUGAACGCCAGCCUGGCCUUCUUCCUCAGCGAUCUGCUGUCCCUGGUGGACCGCGGCUUCAUCUUCAGCCUGGUGCGGGCCCACUACAAGCAGGUGGCCACACGGCUGCAGUCGGCCCCCAACCCGGCAUUGCUGCUGACCCUACGCAUGGACUUCACCCGCAUCCUGUGCAGCCACGAGCACUACGUGACCCUCAACCUCCCCUGCUGCCCCCUGUCGCCCCCAGCCUCGCCCUCACCCUCUGUAUCCUCCACCACUUCCCAGAGCUCCACCUUCUCCAGCCAGGCCCCGGACCCCAAGGUAACCAGCAUGUUCGAGCUGAGUGGGCCGUUCCGACAACAGCACUUCCUGGCUGGGCUCCUGCUGACAGAAUUGGCGCUGGCCCUGGAGCCCGAGGCCGAGGGGGCAUUCCUGCUGCACAAGAAGGCCAUCAGCGCCGUGCACAGUCUGCUCUGUGGCCACGAUGCGGACCCCCGCUACGCUGAGGCUGCUGUGAAGGCCCGUGUGGCCGAGCUGUACCUGCCGCUGCUGUCUCUCGCACGGGACACGCUGCCACGCCUGCAUGAUUUUGCUGAGGGCCCAGGUCAACGGUCAAGACUGGCCUCGAUGCUCGACUCAGACACAGAAGGGGAAGGGGACAUCGGAGGCACCAUCAACCCCUCAGUGGCCAUGGCCAUCGCUGGUGGCCCCCUAGCCCCUGGCUCCCGGGCCAGCAUCUCUCAGGGCCCAGUGGCAGUGAGUAUGGCGCUGGUCCCCAGAGACACCAUCCAACCUGGUAAUAGAAAUUACGUAGGAUAUCUUGGGGCGCCUGGGUGGCUCAGUUGGUUAAGCGACUGCCUUCGGCUCAGGUCAUGA